AUGGACGACAUAAUCAUAGGCUUGCGUGGCUGUCUGGAUGCAGAUGAAGACCCAGAGGUUGUGACAUUCGGACAAAUACAUGUAUCAAUCUCUCAGCUAUUCAACUUCAAGGAUACAGCUUGGAUACAGGUAGAGGAGAGGUUUUCACUAUGA